AUGUAAACAAAUUAAAAUACCUCAACUAAUUUGUUGCUGUAAAAUAAAAAAGAAUUGUUUCAUAUAUAGCUUAGAAAGGAGAAGAGAGAGGAGAUCUUCAAAUCGAAAAGAAUCAUCUAAAAACAAAAUGAAACACCUGAACACAUCUAAUUGAAUCCCGAGGUACGAAAUAUAAUUGAAUUUAGUAAUUAGAUUAGUACAUCACAGAGUUGAUGAAAGAGUGUAUUGAUAUCUACCGAAACAGAUUGCCAGAUGAUUUUGAUAAGAUGCUGAACAAUUUGAAGAGAUUGAGGAAAUUACAGAACUUGGAUCAACGAGGGGAGGCAUUCUCCCUUAGUUUGUUUAAGAAUGAUUUUAUAGAGUAUAAAGAUUAGUGUGAUGUAGAUAUAUUCUUGUUCUAUUGAAUGAGCAAUUCGAUCAUGCUUCUCAAUUAUAAGUGGAAGGAGCUACAAUUUUAGCUAAUUUUUUUGGUAUGAUGGAUAAAAAUUCACGAUUAUACUUUUCCUCAUACUUGCCAAUGUUGAAUGUGUUGAGUGAUGUGAUAACUAAGAAUUUUGGGAGAUUGCUAAUUUCAAAGAAUGCUUCCUUAGUUGAUUCAGUAUGAUUGAACUUAAAUAUUAGUGUUUGUAUGCUUUAGGGAAUGCAUUUUACGAUUAACAAAUAUUGGUUCAAAAGUUCAAAUAGCAUUUUGGUUUGAAGCAUNUUUUUUAAAUAUGA